ACUACCCUCUGGGGGAGGGAGUUGGGGACCUAGGUCAGAGGGGCUGGUAGCGCCUACUUACUGUGUAGUGUGAAGAUAUGGAUCAUGAGCGGAACCAAGGAGUUGCGCUGCAGCUGCUACAGCUUCUGUGGCUGCUGCCCCACUCCUGGGGAAUUCCUGCAGCUCCUGCUCCUGUGUGGUGGGAUGACCUGCAAAACCACACAUUCCGGCAUACUAUGUUCUGCCAAGAUGGGAGUCCCAGCAUAGGGCUCUCUGAGAGUUAUGGCGAGGACCAGCUUUUCUCCUUCAACUUUUCCCAGAACAUGCGAGUGCCUCGUCUGCCUGAAUUUGCCGACUGGGCUCAGGAACACGGAGACUCCCUUGCCAUUUCAUUUGACAAAGAGUUUUGUGAAAUAAUGAUCCAGGAAAUAGGCCCAGAACUUGAUGGGAAGAUUCCAGUGUCCAGAGGUUUCCCUGUCGCUGAGGUAUUCACAAUGAAGCCCCUGGAGUUUGGCAAGCCCAAUACGCUGGUCUGCUUUAUCAGUAAUCUCUUCCCACCGACUUUGACAGUAAACUGGCAGCAUCAUUCUGUCCCUGUGGAAGGAGUUGGGCCCACUUUUGUAUCAGCCAUCGAUGGACUCAUCUUCCACGCCUUUUCUUAUUUAAACUUCACACCAGAACCCUCUGAUGUUUUCUCCUGCAUCGUAACUCAUGAAAUUGACCGCUACACAGCAAUUGCAUUUUGGGUGCCCCAGAACGCCAUUCCCUCAGACCUCCUGGAGAAUGUGUUGUGUGGUGUAGCCUUUGGCUUGGGUGUACUGGGCAUCAUUGUGGGCGCUGUUCUCAUCAUCUACUUCCGAAAACCUUGCUCAGGUGACUGAUACCUCUGGACAGAGUUUGAUAUCAACAGCUUUGGCCAUCCAAACAAAGGGAUGUUCAGGUUUCUCACGUCCUGCCCAGGAGCUCUUCUUAGAGCAGAAGUCCCUGGAUCUUCCUGCUCUGUGUGUGUGUGUGUGUGUGUGUGUGUGUGUGUGUGUGUGUAUGUGUGUGUUUAUGAGUGUGUGUGUGUGUGUGCGCGCGCUACGUGCGUGCAUGUAUGCAGGGCGUGUCUUCACUGAGGGCUCUACUGUCUCUGGGCUUGCCUCUAGCAGAGAGCCCAGAGUGCCUGUCACAAUCACAUACCUUCCCAUU